ACGGCCACCCACAAAUGCACACUUUUUCUCUGCGCACUCCGCGUUCCGCGUGCUCCCUCGUCGGCUGAUUUGGCGAUUUUCGGGGAAGAAGAAGAAGAAGAAGAAGAUGAAGGGUCAAUCGAAAAAAAGGUUUUCGAUGUUCAACACUUUUGUAAGCGUCAUUUGCAAAUCAAAAACGAUCAAAUCUACACAAAAUUCGAGCUUUUCUCACUCAUCGAUUUGAUCAUCGAUGAGUUUCGAAAAGAGCCGACGCUGGCAGAAAUCUCCCCGCCGGUUAGGAUCGUCGGAGACAUUCAUGGGCAACACGACGAUCUUAGGGGGCGGGGAUUGAACCUGUGGCUUGUGGGGCGGUGGUCAAAAGCGUUAUCCGGUACACAGGUCCUGGGCGCGCAUACGCAUAAUGGAUGGGCGACGGAGGACGCGCCGAUGAAUUGGGUACAGGGAAAGGACGCCGGUAUGGGACAUAUACGGGGCAUAUGGGGCACACCGCCGCCGCAAAGCAUCUCCUCGCCUGGCUUGCUGGCACUCGAUGAAAUGAACUAA